AUGGCGACGCCUUACGCAUAUGCGCGCUCUCAAUCCUGGUCUAGUCUCUCACCUACUGCCGAUUUCUACUAUCGCCUUUCAGGAGAAAUCAUAUCUGGCUCCUUCAGAAUUGUGACCUUACUCCCUGGCCGCCCGGAUGAUCCGAUUCAAUGUCGCCUGCAUGAGGUGUCGCUUAAGGACUGCCCUACGCGUUUCAUAGCUCUAUCUUAUUGUUGGAACACCUCCAAGGCGCCCGAGACCAUCUGGUGUGAUGGACGCUCUCUACAAAUCACCGCAAAUCUGUUCGCCGCUUUACGCAAUGCCCGCGCCGCAUCUGCAGAGGUCAACCUCUGGAUUGACCAGAUAUGUGUGGACCAGACUAAUAUCAUAGAUCGCAACGACCAGGUCAGCAAGAUGGGCGCCAUCUUCAAAGCAGCCAGUGGAGUGAUUGUCUGGCUGGGAGAAGAGAGCCAUGGAUCGUCGGCUGCUAUGGAGUUGCCCAAGAGGAUCAGAAGGUUCUGGCCAAGUCUCUACGAUGACCCCAACGAACUCACCAAUCCUGACAAGACGCCUGCAGAGUGUCCGCGCUGGGGUGAAGGUGCUUGGCCUGCGUUCAUCAUGCUGCUCACCAGACCAUGGUUUAGACGUCUUUGGGUCAUCCAAGAAGUCGUCUGUGCGAGAGACAUUGUGGUGACGUGUGGUACCGCGACCAGUUUCUGGGAUGACUUCGUCAAGCUGGUCCACGUUGUCGAGGCCAGACACCAUUCAGCCCUGGGGGUCAACCACAUGCUGGGCUCCAAGACUGCUGCACAAUACAUUAACUUCAUGCAGGAAUUGAGGACCAUCACGAGCCAGGGGACGAAGCAGGCUGUCAAAGACUAUGCCAGUGAGGAGUCGAUGGCGCCCUAUGUUCUCACCAUGGCCAAGGACUGCGAGGCUACUGAUCACAGGGACAAACUGUUUGCAUUUCAUCACCUUGUCAGACUUUGGACAAAGCCGGACUACAACAUGGAAAUUGAGAUGCUAUACGAGCUCUUCGCAGUGCAGUAUCUCCAACGCAUAGCAUACGCCAUAUCGGAAUUCAGUUGCGACGAGGUUACGUUAUUCAGAAGGCAGCUGGAGUUCAUCUACACUGGCGGCCUCUGCAAUCAGCGCCUCGAUCUACCUUCUUGGUGCCCAGACUGGUCGGUCCCGUGGCAAGCUCGUCCACUCUGGCUUGGAACGUCAUGCUAUUCGGCUGGUGCCAGCGAUGUUGCAGAGGUCACGCCAUUGACUGAUACGGAGCCUGGUGGUCGUCCGAGACUGCGGCUGCCUAUGAAAGUCAAAUUCUUUGACCGAGUCGUUGCAGCUGGCUCAGAAGGACUUCAAAUCUUUCUGCGUGGCAGAGUCUUCUUCCUCACCGAGAAAGGCUACUACGGCUUAGCCCAAGCAGGACUUGACUGGGGAGACAGCAUCGCCAUUGUGCGAGGUGCGCCGGUGCCUGUUCUGCUUCGUCCUACGUUGGAGACUGGCCCUCAAUCUCGCGAGUAUCGACUGCUCUGCGAAGGCUUUGUACUGGGCAUUAUGGACGGCGAGGUCUGGAACGAUGACACUAUACCUCGAGAAGACAUCAUGCUGGUAUGA